AUGUCACUAGCCGCGCCAACGCUCCAGCCGUUAGCGCCGCGCUUCCUCCGCCGCUCCCUUCGUGCGCUCCCCCCGAGCGCCCUCCGCGGCCGCCCGCUCACGCUUCCGCCGAGCUACGCUCGCGGAAGCUCUUCCCGUCUCGCGCAUUACCUUUCUUCGCGCGCGGAGCUCGCUGCAACAUCUGAGUACUGGGCGGGAGUGGGGUGCGCGGUGCUACAGCCGAGCAGCACGGAGGUGGGCGCGGGCACCAUGAAUCCCGCCACCUUCCUGCGCGUGCUGGGUCCCGAGGCGUGGCGAGUGGCGUACGUGGAGCCCUCCAUGCGCCCCGACGACAGCCGCUUCGGGGAUAACCCGAAUCGCGUGCAGCGCCACACGCAGUUCCAGGUCAUCCUGAAGCCAGACCCAGGCAAUGCACAGGAGCUGUACUUAGGCAGUCUAGCAGCGCUGGGCAUCGAUAGCAAGCAGCACGACGUGCGGUUUGUGGAGGACAACUGGGAGUCGCCCGUGCUCGGCGCAUGGGGGCUCGGAUGGGAGGUGUGGCUGGACGGCAUGGAGAUCACGCAGUUCACCUACUUCCAGCAGGCAGGGGGCAUGCCGCUAUCGCCAGUGUCAGUGGAGAUCACGUACGGCCUUGAACGCAUCAUCAUGAGCCUGCAGGGCGUGGACCAUUUCAAGCGCAUCGCCUAUGCCCCAGGAGUGACCUACGGGGAGCUGUUUCUGGAGAACGAGAGGGAGAUGAGCUGCUUCAACAUGCUUGAAGCGGACACGGAGAGGGUCAAGCGGCGCUUUGAUCUCUAUGACGCCGAGGCUCAGGCUCUCAUUGAUAAGCAGCUGGCCAUCCCUGUCUUCGACCAUGUGCUCAAGACGUCCCAUGCGUUCAACAUUCUGGAUGCCAGGGGUGCUGUUGGGGUGACUGAGAGGGCACGCUUCUUCGGCCGCAUGCGGAGCCUGGCGCGUCAGUGCGCCCAACUGUGGGUCGACACGCGGGAGAAGCUCGACUUCCCAUUGGGCCGGACGGAUGCUGACGUGGCACAACCAACUGGUGACACGUGGCCGUCUGCUGACGUGGCGGUGCAGGACGGGGCAACGAGUGCGGGCGGCGAGGAGGCAGGGGAGCGCAAGGGCCGGAUGCUAGUGGUGGAGAUCGGUACAGAGGAGUUGCCACCUGAUGAUGUCAGCAGCGCUGUUGCACAGUUGCAAGCUGCCAUCCCGCCUCUGCUCGAUCGCCUGCGCCUGCCUUACGGCUCAGUGCGUGUGGAGGGCACACCCAGGAGGGUCGCAGUGCAGGUGGCGGGGCUGGCAGCGUGGCAGCAGCGCGAGCAGCGGGAGGUGCGAGGGCCGCCGGCUAACAAGGCAUUCGACAAGGACGGCAAGCCCACUAAGGCGCUAGAGGGUUUCUGCAAGCGUAACGCGGUAACCGCGGAGGCGGUAACCAUGCGGGCGGACGACAAGGGCGUGGAGUACGUGUGGGCGAGCGUGAGCGAGGAGAGCCGACCCGCGUGGGCGGUGCUGGGGGAGCAACUUCCGGGGGUCAUUGCGGGGAUCGCGUUUCCAAAAACCAUGCGGUGGAACUCCCAGGUGGCAUUCAGCCGCCCCAUCCGGUGGCUGCUCGCAAUGCACGGCAACACGGUGGUGCCGUUCGCCUAUGCAGGGCUGGCCUCAGGCAACGAGUCGUGGCUGCUCAGGAAUGCACCGGAGACCAGGGUGCAGCUUCCAUCUGCAGAGGAGUACGCAGCAGCCAUCGCAGCUGCCGGCAUCACCCUCUCCAUCCAGGUGCGCCCCAUCUCUCCCUGCCACUCCCCCUGCCUGCUGUCACGCAUCACCACCCAUCACCACCCAUCAGCACCCAUUGUGACCACGCAAAAGAUACAACAUUAUGAUGGCUCUCUGUCAGCUUUCUCCAAGCACCCACUCACCUUCCCAUCAUCCGUCUCCCAAAUGCUUUGGGUCUAUUCCUGUCAUCUCCUAAUGCUUCUCAUCUGCCAACCUGCUUGGAGCGUACAGAGCCACUCUGUACCACUUGGUGUUGCCUCCUUGCCUCCCUGCCUCGUGCCACGCCUGCCAAUGCCAUCUCCUAAUGGCUCCCAUCUGUUGAUCUGCCAGGAGCGUAAAGACGCAAUCUGGGCGGCGAGCAGUGAGCUGGCAGCAUCGGUGGGAGGAAGCAUCCCGGAAGAUGCGAGAGGGGACCUCCUUGCUGAGGUGGCAAACCUGGUGGAGUCACCCGUGCCGCUUCUAGGAAGCUUCGACCGCAGCUUCCUUGACCUGCCGCCCGAGGUGCUGGUGAUGGUGAUGAGGAAGCAUCAGAGGUACUUCCCGGUGCAGGACGCAGCUUCCGGGAAGCUUCUCCCGUACUUUGUGGCGGUGCCGAAUGGGAAGCUGGACGAGGCGGCAGUGCGGGCCGGGAACGAGUCGGUGCUGCGUGCGCGCUACGAGGACGCGCGCUUCUUCUACAACAGUGACACGGCACAUCCGCUCGAGUCCUUCCGGGAGAAGCUCAAGGGCAUCACCUUCCAGGCGAAGCUGGGUUCCAUGUUGGACAAGAGCGAGCGCAUAGAGGCCAUCACGCCGCUCCUCUGCACCGCUCUGCCCCUCUCUCCAUCGGACUCCGCCGCAGCGCAGCAGGCAGCGCGGCUGUGCAUGGCAGACCUUGGGACUGCCGUGGUGAUGGAGUUUACAGGGCUGGCGGGGAUCAUGGGGCGACACUACGCGGAGAGAGAGGGAUUGGGGGAGGAGGUGAGUGUAGGUGAGCAGGGCCAUAUUCGAGUGUGUGCUGCCGCGCUCUGCAGAGGAUUAAUCUGUGCACACCAUGUAUCCUCCUCUUCCCCUUCCUCUCCCCCCACUUCCCUUCCCCAGGUGAGCAGGGCCAUAUUCGAGUGUGUGCUGCCGCGCUCUGCAGGCGACCAGCUUCCGGCUACAGCUCCUGGCCUCGUGCUCUCACUCGCCACCAGGCUCGACAGUCUCGUGGGGCUCUUUGCAAUCGGCUGUGAGCCCUCUGCCUCGGCCGACCCCUUUGGCCUCCGCCGCUCCGCAUAUGGCCUUGUGGAGGCGCUGGUAGCGAGCAACACGGACCUGCACCUCUCCACAGCCCUGCAGGCAGCAGCGUCCGUGCAGCCAGUGGAGGUCACCCCCGCUACACUGGAGCAGGUGGAAUCCUUCAUAGUGCGCCGCCUGGAGCAGUUCCUGGUGGACCGCGGGGCGGCAGUGGAGGCGGUACGAAGCGUGCUGGAGGAGCGGGGCUCCGUUCCGGCCCUGGCUGCCGGAUCCGUGGCGGAGAUGGAGGAGCUGCAGGCGUCCGGGCAGCUUGAAAAGAUCGUGGCAGCGUAUGCCCGACCAACGAGGAUCGUGCGCGGCAAGGAGGUGGACCUGGACUGGCAGGUGAGGGAGGAGCUAUUUGAGUCGGACGCGGAGAAGAAUCUAUGGGACGCCUUCAAGCACGUGGAUGCCGAGGUCUCCAGUGACAUGAGCAUCAGGGCGUUUGCCGAUGCAUCCAUGGCUCUCAUUGACCCGCUUGAAGGCUUCUUUGCAAACGUGUUCGUCAUGGCGGAGGAUGAGCAGCUGCGCAAGAACCGCCUGGGGCUGCUGAGCAGGAUUGCGAGACUGCCGGAAGGCAUUGCCGACCUCACUGUGCUGCCUGGCUUCUAG